CGACAGCGCCGGUCCCGAGGGGAGGAGGAAGCGGCGGCGGAUUGAAAAUGGUCUGAGGCGCUAGAGCGCGGGACGGGGCAGCGGGGUGAGUGGUUUCCUGAGACCACACUUCCUUUGGGGUAUUGUAGAAAGACAGUUAUGGCUGUCCCUUACUUACAACAGCCUAGCUUCCUAUUGGCCAGUUUGAAGGCAGAUUGCAUGAACAAGCCCUUUGCUCAGAGGUGCCAUGAUCUGGAGAUAGUCAUUGAAGAUUUUCCUGCCAAGGAACUGCAUGCCAUCUUCCCAUGGCUAGUGGAGAAUAUUUUUGGUAGUCUGGAUGGCAUUAUCAUAGGUUGGAAUCUUCGCUGUCUGCACGGAAGAGCAAAUCCUACAGAAUAUGCUAUUGCCCUGGAUUUCCUGGAUCCCAGUGGCCCGAUGAUGAAGCUGGUUUACAAACUCCAAGCUGAGGAGUACAGAUAUGAAUUCCCAGUCUCCUAUCUUCCGGGCCCUGUGAAGGCUUCAAUGCAAGAGCGAGUCCUACCAGAAUGCUCACUGUACCACAACAAAGUCCAGUUCCCUCCAUCUGGAGGCCUAGGUUCGAACUUGGCCCUCAAUCCAUUUGAAUAUUACAUGUUUUACUUUGCAAUAAGCCUUAUCACACAGAGGAACUCUCCCACCAUCCAUCAUGUCAGCCCUUCAAACAGCGCUUACUUCAGUCUGGUGGACACAUACCUGAAAUGGUUUCUUCCCACAGAAGGAAGUGUUCUUCCUCCACCUUCUUCCAAUCCUGGCGGGGGCAUCCCUUCACCUGCUCCUAGAUCCCCAGCAGUGCCUUUCACUUCUUAUGGCAUACAUCACACUAGUCUGCUGAAACGGCACAUUGCCCAUCAGCCUUCAGUGAACGCUGAUCCUGCUUCCCAAGAGAUCUGGAGAUCAGAAACAGUGCUUAAAGUUUUUGUUGAAAUGUGGCUUCACCAUUACUCACUGGAAAUGUAUCAGAAAAUGCAGUCCCCUCAUGUCAAGCUGGAGGUUCUCCACUACCGACUCAGUAUCUCCAGUACACACCACAGUAGUCCUGCCCAAUCCGGCUACCAGGCCCUCCACGCAUACCAAGAGUCAUUUAAACCCACAGAAGAGCAUGUGUUAGUGAUAAGACUUCUUGUGAAGCAUCUGCACGCUUUUGCCAACAGUCUGAAACCAGAGCCUCUCUCACCCUCAGCCCAUUCCCAUACAGCCAGCCCACUGGAGGAAUUCAAGAGAGUUGUGAUUCCUCGGUUUGUCCAGCAGAAGCUCUAUAUCUUCCUGCAGCAUUGCUUUGGUCACUGGCCUCUGGAUGCCUCUUUCAGAGCUGUCCUGGAGAUGUGGUUAAGCUACGUGCAGCCCUGGAGAUAUGCUCCUGAGAAACCACUUCAGAGUGCAGAGCUUCAGCCUCGCAGUGUAUCAGAGAAAUGGGCUCCCUUCAUUCAAGAGAACCUACUGAUGUACACCAAGCUAUUUGUAGGCUUUCUGAACCGAGCUCUCCGCACCGAUUUGGUCAGCGCUAAAAAUGCCCUGAUGGUGUUCCGAGUAGCCAAGGUCUUUGCUCAGCCCAACCUAGCUGAAAUGAUCCAGAAAGGAGAGCAGUUGUUCCUGGAGCCAGAACUUGUUAUCCCUCACCGUCAACACCGAAUUUUCAUGACCCCAACUCUUGGUGGGAGCUUCUUGUCGUCAUGGCCUCCAGCAAUCACAGAUGCCUCAUUUAAGGUGAAGAGUCAUGUUUACUGCCUGGAAGGACAGGAUUCCCAGUACAAGCAGAUGUUUGGUCCAGAAGUCAGGAAUUUGGUAUUAAGAUUGGCCCAGUUAAUAGGCCAGGCCCAGCAAACAGCAAAAUCCAUAUCAGACCACUCUGCAGAGACCAAUGCUAGUCAGUCCUUCCUAUCCUGGUUUAGGUUCAGCCCUUCUGACAUGAAUGGUUCCUAUACAGGAAAUGACCUAGAUGAGAUUGGGCAAGACAGCAUCAAGAAAACAGAUGAAUAUUUGGAGAAGGCACAGGAGUACCUAUGCCAGAUCUUUCGAUUGAAUGAAGCCCAGCUGACCCAAAUGAUUAUGAAUUGUGGAGCAGCUCAGGAUGAGAAUGGAAAGAAGAAACUUCCAGACUGCAUUGAGAGUGAGGAUGGACUAAUUCUUACGCCUCUUGGCAGGUAUCAGAUCAUAAAUGGCUUACGGCGGUUUGAGAUAGAAUACCAAGGAGAUACUGAUCUUCAACCCAUCAGAAGUUAUGAAAAUGCCACUCUAGUGCGACUGUUGUUCCAGUUAUCCUCAGGAAUUAAUCAAAGGUUUGCUGAUCAAAUGGAGAUUCUCUGCUCCAGGGAAGACUUUAUUGGCAGGUUGUGUCGCUAUCAUCUUACCAAUCCCUUUCUUGUAGAGAAGGACAGGCACAGCCCAGCACUGAAACAAAGGUCAGGACGUUCUCGGCAACCAAGGAUCAGUCUGAGAUUUCUGGCUAGCUAUAGGACUCUUCUUUCUUUGUUCAUGAUAUACUUCAUUGCAUCUUGGUUUUGCAUUGGACCACUGGCCUGCGCAUUCAUUAUUCUCCUCGGCUAUCUUCUUUAUGCAAUAGUAAUGACUUUCUUCACUGAAAGGUGGAAACCUCAUCAGCACUAAUUUUUCCCUUCAGUGUACACUGUAAAACGAACUCUUUAAGGAUAAAAGUACAGUGCUUCAUGAUUAAAAGCCUUCGGCAAAGGAUCACUUCAAAA